AUGAAUUUCCGUUUUGUGUUCACAAUUUGCGCAAUUGCGUUACCGAUUGUCAGUGCCUAUGGUCCAGCUGCUGGUUAUGGAGCUGGCGGUAGUGGUUAUGGUGCUGGCGGUAGUGGUGUUGGCAAUGGUGUUGAAGAGUUGAUCAAUGCCGCUGCCGCUAACCAACAAGGCGGUGCAGCCUCAUUGACUGCCACUGCUGAUGUCUCUGCUCCCGCCUCUGCCCAAGCUGGUUUGGCUGCUGCCAACGCUCAAUUGGCUGCCCUCCAGGCCAACUCUGCCUACAACAACCUCAAGAACUCCGAUGCCAUUGCCGAAUCUUUGGCUGAAAACACUUUGGCUUCGAACAUCCGUCAAGGUUUGGUUAAUGUUGUGGCUCCCAAUGUUGUUGGACAAACCGCCUUCCGUUCGUUGUUGGUGCCCAACAGAUUGAACACCCACAAUGUCGUUGCCACACAACCCCUCCAGCCAUUGGUUGUCAAUCAGCCCGGUUCUCCCGUCACCCAAGUCAACAGCGGCCCAGCAUCUGUGGUCCGUGCUGCUCCCAUCAUUUACAAGUUGAAACCUUCCGUCAUCUAUCAACAAGAAGUCAUCAACAAGGUGCCAACUCCCCUUAGCCUUAAUCCUGUCUACGUUAAAGUAUACAAACCAGGCAAACAUGUUGAAGCUCCCGUUGCCGCCCCCUCUUAUGGUUCAUCAUAUGGAUCGGCCUCUUCAUACGGUGGUAGUGCACAAGGUGGUGCCGCUGCUGGCAGUGAUGCUGGUUAUGGUGGUGCUGCUGGUUAUAACAGUGCUCCUGCCGCCUAUUCUGCCCCAGCUGCAUCGUACGGUGCUCAAUCUGCCUAUUAAA